CUAUAAAUUAAAACAACGAAGCGUCUCGCUCACCCAGCCGGGGCUUACCAGUUACCGCCAGAGCCAGCCAACCACCAUUUCUUCGACCUCUAGCGGAAAGCCGGAGCCGCACGCAGCGAUCGGCGUCGUCGCGUCGUGCGUGCUCGCCAGCCGCCGGGAUCGAUGGAGGGGCUCAUCCCGUUCAUCUACAAGGCCAUCAAGGAGCGGCGGACGCGGAGCUACUCGCGGUGCAGCUCCACCGGCUCGGCGCACGCCGGGCGGUUCGGCGCCCGCGUGGAGGACGGCGGCGCCUGGGAUGGCAAGCAGUGGGAGGCCGCCGCGCGCGGCAAGGUGCCCGCGGGCAGCGAGAUGGCGCACCGCCGGCACCGGUCCCUGGAGGAGCUGGCCGGAGAGGUGGGGGCCUCGCCCGUGUGGCGGCAGCCGGGCGCGCUGCCGAGGGGCCGGAGCAUGAGGAUCUUCUCCUGCAUCAACGGCAUGUGACGCCGCCCGGCGGCGCGCGGCUCCGUGCUAGCUUACUGCGUGACUGCAUCCGCGGAGCUAGGGCGGAGGGUGAAGGAAUCUGCUCGAGUUUCUGCUUAGUUCUGAGGUAGUAGUAGCAAGGAGUAAUUGUGCAGUGAUCGUACCGUGUGUUAUGCUGUCAUCCAACCAAAGUGUACAUACACAUCGAUUUGCGAAGAUGCAGAUGAUGGUUUGCAGAUCCCUGUUUGCUUUGAUUGUUCGUUUGUUUUCAAGGUGUCCUGCUUCUUUUUUCGUGGAUGUACGAAGGAAAUUGCGAAA